AUGUCAGAAGAACUUGGUCAUCAUUCUCAAAACUUUUCAGCUUUAGAAGGAGUUCUGACGGAGCACGAGGAAUUACCAGUGGAUAUCGUCACCACUCGAGGCGCUGAAAGCACCGAUUUGACAGGACGUGGCAGUGGCCAUCAGGCUCUAGCAAGUGACCCUGUGCCCGAAGUUGAACACCAGCUAGACCCGUCUGGCUCGACCUUGAAUUCUCAUCCAGUGGGCAACGCGACGGAUAGCGGCUCUUUCCCUGCAUUCCCUGCCGAACAGUUCUCAUCAGCGACUCAUAAUGUGUGGCUUGACGAAGACGAGUCUCUCCCCGAUCAGCCUACCGUUGUGGAACGCCCUUCGGUCGGCUCUCGCCUUUAA